CGAGGGUGACACAUCAUGGUCACUGGCCGUAGAGACGGUAGUGCAGGCGAGCAGCACGCUCUGGCUCCACGGCGGGUCUCAGCCGCCCCCGCCGCACUCGGCGCCGACUGCAGGAGUUGAGCCACUCCGAGCCGGAGGGGUUUGGGGAAGCCCUUGGCGGCGCGCUGAGCGCGGGAGCGCGGAGCGGCUGCGCGGGCGUCCGGGGUCCCGCGGUCGGCUGGUGUCGCCGCUGGCGGGGCGUUUCCGAGGUGUGGCGGAGGAGGAGAUGCUGCUCCUCUUCCCCCCCUCCCCAGGCUCGUUUUCCAGCUCCUUCGGCUCACUCCCCCUGCCGCUCGGGGAAGAAGAGGUGGUGGCUCUCCGCGCCCGCGGCGGCUGCCGGCGGCGCGCCCCGACGCCGCGUCCCCGCAGCCCUCGCCCGGUGCUCUGGUAGCAGGACCCGGUCUCCAGUCGAGCGGGUAAUAUGCACGUGUCACUAGCUGAGGCCCUGGAGGUUCGGGGCGGACCCCUGCAGGAGGAAGAAAUAUGGGCUGUACUAAAUCAAAGUGCCGAAAGUCUCCAAGAAUUAUUCAGGAAAGUAAGCAUAGCUGAUCCUGCUGCCCUUGGCUUUAUCAUUUCUCCAUGGUCUCUGCUGUUGCUGCCAUCUGGCAGCGUGUCAUUUACAGACGAAAAUAUUUCCAGUCAGGAUCUUCGAGCAUUCACUGCACCAGAGGUUCUUCAAAAUCAAUCACUAACAUCUCUCUCAGAUGUUGAAAAGAUCCAUAUUUAUUCUCUUGGAAUGACAUUGUAUUGGGGGGCUGAUCAUGAAGUACCUCAGAGCCAGCCUAUCCAACUUGGAGAUCACCUCAACAGCAUACUGCUUGGAAUGUGCGAGGAUGUUAUUUAUGCUCGGGUUUCUGUUCGGACUGUCCUGGACGCUUGCAGUGCCCACAUUAGGAACAGCAAUUGUGCGCCUUCAUUUUCCUAUGUGAAACAGUUGGUAAAACUGGUUCUGGGAAAUCUUUCUGGGACGGAUCAGCUUUCCUGUAACAGUGAACAAAAGCCUGACCGAAGCCAGGCCAUUCGUGACAGAUUGAGAGGAAAAGGAUUACCAACAGGAAGAAGCUCUACUUCUGAUGUACUAGACACACACAAGUCUCCAUUCUCUCAUCAGACCUUUCUUAACAAAGGGCUUAGUAAAUCUAUGGGAUUUCUGUCCAUCAGAGACACGCAAGAUGAGGAAGAUUAUUUCAAGGACAUUUUAUCAGAUAAUAAUUCUGGACAUGAAGAUUCUGAAAAUACUUGCUCUCCUUACCAAUUCACAACUAGUGGUCCAGAAACAAAAGCUAUCCCUGGCAUUGAUGUGAUUCCCAAGAAGAAGAUUUGGGCUUCAUCCAUGGACUUGCUUUGCACAGCUGACAGAGACUUCUCUCCUGGGGAGACCAGCAGAUACCGACACUGUCUCCCUGAGGCAGUAACAGCACGGUCUUCGACUGCUCCUAGAAGAAAGGAGGCAAGAUACUCAGAUGGAGGCAUAGCCCUGGAUAUCUUUGGCCCUCAGAAAAUGGAUCCUAUGUUUCACAGGCGAGAGUUGCCCACCUCCUCAGCCAUAUCAAGUGCUUUGGACCGAAUCCGAGAGAGACAAAAGAAACUUCAGGUUCUGAGAGAAGCCAUGAAUGUAGAAGAACCAGUUCGGAGAUACAAAACUUACCACAGUGAUAUCUUUAGUACUUCCAGUGAAAGUCCAUCAGUUAUUUCCUCUGAAUCGGAUUUCAGACAAGUGAGAAAAAGUGAAGCUUCGAAGAGGUUUGAAUCCAACAGUGGUCUCCCAGGAGUAGAUGAAACUCCAAGUCAAAGCCAGUCACACAGACCAAGCAGGCAAUAUGAAACACCCCUUGAAGGCAACUUAAUUAAUCAAGAGAUGAUGUUAAGACGGCAAGAAGAAGAAAUGGUGCAGCUUCAGGCUAGAAUGGCCCUUAGACAGUCUCGGUUGAGCCUGUAUCCAGGAGACACAAUCAAAGCUUCUAUGCUUGAUAUCACCAGGGAUCCUUUAAGAGAAAUGGCCCUUGAAACAGCCAUGACACAAAGAAAAUUGAGGAAUUUCUUUGGCCCUGAGUUUGUGAAAAUGACGAUUGAACCUUUUAUAUCUUUGGAUUUGCCACAGUCUAUCCUUACCAAGAAAGGGAAGAAUGAGGAUAACCGAAGAAAAGUAAAUGUAAUGCUUCUGAGUGGCCAGAGACUGGAACUGACUUGUGAUACCAAAACUAUAUGUAAAGAUGUAUUUGACAUGGUUGUGGCCCAUAUUGGCUUAGUGGAACAUCAUUUGUUUGCUUUAGCUACAAUCAAAGAAAAUGAAUAUUUCUUUGUUGAUCCUGAUUUAAAAUUAACCAAAGUGGCCCCAGAGGGAUGGAAAGAAGAACCAAAGAAAAAGAACAAAGCCACUGUUACUUUCACUUUGUUUUUCCGAAUUAAAUUUUUCAUGGAUGAUGUUAGUCUAAUACAACAUACACUGACCUGUCAUCAGUAUUAUCUCCAGCUGAGAAAAGACAUCUUGGAGGAAAGGACACACUGUGAUGAUGAGACUUCUUUAUUGCUGGCAUCCUUGGCUCUCCAGGCUGAGUAUGGAGAUUAUCAACCAGAGGUUCAUGGUGUGUCUUACUUUAGACUGGAGCAUUAUUUGCCUCCCAGGGUAAUGGAGAAACUUGACUUAUCCUAUAUUAAAGAAGAGUUACCCAAAUUGCACAAUACUUAUGCAGGAGCUUCUGAAAAAGAGACAGAGUUAGAAUUUUUAAAGGUUUGCCAAAGACUGACAGAAUAUGGAGUUCAUUUUCAUCGGGUGCACCCUGAGAAAAAGUCACAAACUGGAAUAUUACUAGGAGUCUGUUCUAAAGGUGUCCUCGUGUUUGAGGUUCACAAUGGAGUUCGCACAUUGGUCCUUCGCUUUCCAUGGAGGGAAACCAAGAAGAUUUCUUUUUCAAAGAAGAAAAUCACAUUGCAGAAUACAUCAGACGGAAUAAAACACGCCUUCCAGACAGACAACAGUAAGGUAUGCCAGUACCUGCUGCACCUCUGCUCUUCCCAGCACAAGUUUCAGCUGCAGAUGAGAGCAAGACAGAGCAACCAGGAUGCCCAAGAUAUUGAGAGAGCUUCGUUUAGGAGCCUGAAUCUCCAAGCGGAGUCCGUUAGAGGAUUUAAUAUGGGACGAGCAGUCAGCACUGGCAGUCUGGCGAGCAGCACCCUGAACAAACUUGCCGUUCGACCUCUGUCAGUUCAAGCUGAGAUUCUGAAGAGGCUGUCCUGCUCAGAGUUGUCGCUUUACCAGCCAUUGCAAAAAAGUGCAAAAGAGAAGAGUGAGAAAACUUCAUGGGAGGAAAAGCCUAGAGGGAUGAGUAAAUCAUACCACGAUCUCAGUCAGGCCUCUCUCUAUCCUCAUCGGAAAAAUGUUCUUGUUAACCUGGAAUCCCCGUCACAGACCAUUGCGGAGUUGGUAGGAAAACCAUUUCACCAGAAGGCAAGAUCUGAUACAGAGCCUUUGACAGGAGUCACAAAACCUAAUAAUUCAAAGUCUGUUGCAAGUUUAAAUAGAAGUCCUGAAAGGAGGAAACAUGAAUCAGACUUCUCAUCUUUUGAAGACCCUGGUCAAGCACAUGUCAUAGGAAUGACUUUGCAUAGUUCUGGAAAUUCUUCAUCCCAAGUACCCUUAAACGAAAAUGAUGGUCUACACAAAAGAUGGAGCAUAGCAUCUUCACCAGAAAGGGAGAUCACCUUGGUGAACCUGAAAAAAGAUGCAAAGUAUGGCUUAGGAUUUCAAAUUAUCGGUGGGGAGAAGAUGGGAAGACUGGAUCUCGGUGUAUUUAUUAGUUCAAUUACUCCUGGAGGACCAGCUGACUUGGAUGGAUGCUUAAAGCCAGGAGACCGUUUGAUAUCUGUAAAUAGUGUGAGCUUAGAGGGGGUCAGCCACUAUGCUGCAAUUGAAAUUUUGCAGAAUGCACCUGAAGAUGUGACACUUGUUAUCUCCCAGCCAAAAGAAAAGAUAUCUAAAGUGCCUUCUACUCCUGUGCACAUUGCCAAUGGCAUGAAAAAUUACAUGAAGAAAACUUCCUACAUGCAAGAAAGCGCUAUAGAUUCUUCUGAGGAUCACCGCUGGCCACGUGGUACCUUGAGGCACAUCUCAGAGAGCUCUUUUGGGCCGUCUGGGGGUCUGAGGGAAGGAAGCCUCAGUUCUCAAGAUUCCAGGACUGAGAGUGCCAGCUUGUCCCAGAGCCAGGUCAAUGGUUUCUUUGCCAGCCGUGUAGGUGACCGAACCUGGCAAGAAUCCCAGCAAGGCAGCCCUUCCCCUUCUGUGGUAUCCAAAGGCCCUGAGAAGAAGAGGACCUCUACUGACAGUAACCAAAGCAAAGCUAGAAAUCCAGGCGUUUCUGAGGCAACAGAUUACUCUGAUCGUGGAGAUUCAGACAUGGAUGACGCCACUUACUCCAAGAGUCAGGAUCAUCAAACACCAAAAAAGGAAUCUUCCUCCUCAAUGAAUACAUCCAACAAUAUGAAUUUUAAAACUUUUCCUUCAUCACCUCCUAAACCUGGAGAUAUCUUUGAGGUUGAACUGACUAAAAAUGAGAACAGCUUGGGGAUAAGUGUCACGGUACUGUUUGACAAGGGAGGUGUGAAUACCAGUGUCAGACAUGGUGGCAUUUAUGUGAAAGCUGUUAUUCCCAAGGGAGCAGCAGAGUUGGAUGGUAGAAUUCACAAAGGUGACCGUGUCCUAGCUGUCAAUGGAGUUAGUCUGGAAGGAGCUACCCAUAAGCAAGCUGUGGAAACACUGAGAAAUACAGGACAGUUGGUCCAUCUGUUGUUAGAAAAAGGACAGUCUCCAGCAUCCAAAGAACAUGUCCCUGUAACCCCACAGUGCACUCUGCCAGAAUCAGAUGGCCAAGGUCAAGUCCUUGAAAAAAUGAUGAAGAAAGUUACUCCUGUCAAAGACUACAACUUUGUUACUGAAGAGAACACAUUUGAAGUAAAAUUGUUUAAAAAUAGCUCAGGCCUAGGGUUCAGUUUUUCUCGAGAAGAUAAUAUUAUACCUGAGCAAAUGAAUACCAGCAUCGUAAGGGUUAAAAAGCUCUUUCCUGGGCAGCCAGCAGCAGAAAGUGGAAAAAUUGAUGUGGGAGAUGUUAUUUUGAAAGUGAAUGGAACCUCUUUGAAAGGACUGUCUCAGCAGGAAGUUAUAUCCACUCUCCGAGGAACAUCUCCAGAAGUAUCCUUGCUUCUCUGUAGACCUCCACCUGGUGUGCUACCAGAAAUUGACCCUGCUCUUUUGACCCCGCUACAUUCUCCAGCACAAGUACUUCCAAACAACAGUAAAGACCCUUCUCCACCUGCCUGUGCAGGGCAAGGCAACAGCUCAGAUGAAAAUGAAAUGUCUGACAAAAGCAAGAAACAAUGCACAUCCUCAUGCAGGAGAGACAGUUACAGUGACAGCAGCGGGAGUGGAGAAGAAGACUCAGUGAAAGCUCCAGCAAAGAUACCAAACAUGAGCUGGAGUUCAGCUUCGCAUCACACCCCAAGCAAUGCAGCAUCACAGGCACAAAAUCAACAUGAGGCAACCAGAAGUCAAGAAGACAUCAUUUGUACCAUGUUUUACUGUCCCCAGAAAUUACCCGAUAAACCAGGACUUGAACACAGUAAUCCUCCUUCCCCUUUACCACCGGAUAUGACUUCUGGGCUACCCGAAACAGAAUGUGUUUCCACUAAUUUAACAGACAAAUAUCAUAUACAUCACACUUCUGAACCAACAAGACAAGAAAGCUUGACAUCUUUGAAAAAUGAUUUGGAGAACCACCUUGAAGACUUAGAGCAGGAAGUAGAACUCAUCAUUACUCUAAUUAAAUCAGAAAAAGGAAGCCUGGGUUUUACAGUAACCAAAGGCAAUCAGAGUAUUGGUUGUUAUGUUCAUGAUGUCAUUCAGGAUCCAGCCAAAAGUGAUGGAAGGCUAAAACCUGGGGACCGUCUCAUAAAGGUUAAUGAUACAGAUGUUACAAACAUGACUCACACAGACACAGUGAAUCUGCUCCGAGCUGCACCCAAGACAGUCAGAUUGGUUCUUGGACGAGUUCUAGAGUUGCCCAAGAUGCCAGUGCUGCCUCAUUUGCUGCCUGACAUUACGCUGACAUGCAACAAAGAGGAGUUAGGUUUUUCCUUAUCUGGAGGUCAUGGCAGCCUUCAUCAAGUGGUAUAUAUUAGUGAUAUCAAUCCAAGAUCGGUUGCAGCAGUUGAGGGUAAUCUCCAGCUAUUAGACAUCAUCCACUGCGUGAAUGGAGUCAGCACACAAAGCAUGACCUUGGAAGAAGCUAAGAGAGUAUUAGACAUGUCACUUCCUGCAGUGGUGUUAAAAGCAACAAGAGAUGGUCAGCCAGUCAUCCCAAGUUCCAGGAAGUAUGCUGUUUCAACCCCAAAAUCAACCAGAGCCAAUGGUCAUCAAACUUCGGAGCCUUGUGGCAGAUCCACCCUCACUCCUAAUAAUUCCUUCUCCAAGGUUAAUGGGGAAGAAAUAAUUGAAGUCUUGUACCCUGAAGAAAAACACUCUACUUAUCAGAUGAAGGCAUCAACAAAUCUCAUUCUGUCCAAAGGUAGUUUUCCAAAUCAGUCAUCCAAUUUCUCUACAUGCCCUAAUUAUUCAGAAUCUGAUGUACAAGAAGAUGAUAUUUAUGAUGACUCUCAAGAAGCUGAAGUUAUCCAGUCUCUGCUGGAUGUUGUGGAUGAGGAAGCCCAGAAUCUUUUAAACCAAAAUAAUGCAGCAGGAGGUGCCUGUGUUCCAGGUGCACUAAAAACCAUUGGAACAUUUCCUGAAGAAAAAGCAGAAGAUACAGAUUGUGGUGGGUCACCUUUACCUGAAGAUUUUACAGAGGAUAAUUUCCCUUCUUACUCUUCUUACUCUUCCUACCAAACAUCUUUGGAAUUGUCAAAAUCUACCAAAAUGAAUGGCUGUGAAGAAUAUUGUGAAGAAAAAGUAAAAACUGAAAGAUUAAUUCCAGACUCACAGGAAAGGAGGACUGAUGGUGAUGAAAUGACGCAGGAAAGUGAGGAAUCGCCAAUACAAACAACAAACCAUGAAGAUGCCCAUAAAGGCAAGGAGUUCAGUAGCAGUUUUUUUCAUCAAAAAAACAGCCACCCCUUUCUAACAGACGAGGAGCUCGCUGCACUUCCCGUUGUCAGAGUGCUUCCCUCUGGUCAAUACACUGGCACCAGGUUGAAAUCAGUCAUUCGAAUGCUGCGGGGUUUGCUAGACCAAGGAAUUCCUUCUAAGGAGCUGGAGAAUCUUCAAGAAUUAAAGCCUUUGGAUCAGUGUCUAAUUGGACAAACUAAGGAAAACAGAAGGAAGAACCGAUAUAAAAAUAUACUUCCCUAUGAUGCUACAAGAGUGCCUCUUGGAGAGGAAGGUGGAUAUAUCAACGCCAGCUUCAUUAAGAUGCCGGUGGGGAAAGAAGAGUUUGUUUAUAUUGCCUGCCAAGGACCUCUUCCUGCAACUGUUGGAGAUUUCUGGCAAAUGAUUUGGGAACAAAAAUCCACAGUGAUAGCCAUGAUGACCCAAGAAGUAGAGGGGGAGAAAAUCAAAUGCCAGCGCUAUUGGCCCAGUGUCCUAGGCAGAACGACAAUGGUCAGCGACAGGCUUCGGCUGGCUCUUGUGAAAAUGCAGCUGCUGAAGGGCUUUGUCGUGAGGGCAAUGACCCUAGAAGAUAUCCAGACAAGAGAGGUGCGACGUAUUUCUCACCUGAAUUUCACUGCCUGGCCAGACCACGAUACGCCUUCUCAGCCAGACGACCUGCUCACUUUUAUCUCUUACAUGAGACACAUUCACAGCUCAGGCCCAAUCAUCACACACUGCAGCGCUGGCAUUGGACGCUCAGGGACCCUGAUUUGCAUAGAUGUGGUUCUAGGGUUAAUCAGUCAGGAUCUGGAGUUCGACAUCUCUGACUUAGUGCGCUGCAUGAGACUGCAGAGACACGGGAUGGUUCAGACACAGGAUCAAUAUAUUUUCUGCUACCAAGUCAUCCUUUAUGUCCUGACACGUCUCCAAGCUGAAGAAGAAGAAAAAGAACAGCCGCAGCCUCUGAAGUGACCUGAAAAAACAGCCUUCUGGGUGCCUUUCUGGUUCUCGCCUUAACAUCCAGCAGAUGCUCCUGUUACCCAUUAAAAACAAAGACCGCAGGACAGCAAGUCCGCACGGCGUCGGCACGCCCGCCCCUCUGCCUCAGAGGGGCGUUCUUCAUCACAGUGGGUCACCUCGCGGUGCUCUGUUUGUACAGCUACUUAACCUGUGAUAGUUAUUUUUCAAAAAAUUUAACACUGAAUAAUGCAGCUCUUAGGGACAAUUAAGGCAGCAUUUAAUUAUAGUGGACAUUGUUACAAGGACACACUGAGUCUAUUUUUAAUGUAUCUUGUUUAUAGAAAAAUUAUUUUCCAGUAUUUCAAUAAAGUAGUAUUUUAUAGGGAUACUUAAAACCAAUAUUUAAGCUUUAAAUGACAGUAGUAUUGGCAUAGGAAAAAAGUAGCAAAUGUUUACUGUAUCAAUUUCUAAUGUUUACUAUAUAGAAUUUACUAUAAUAUAUUUAUAUAUACUUUUUUCUGAAAAUGGAGGGAUCAGAUGUUUGUAACUGCAUCGUCCAUUUGUUAUACAUCAUCUCACGUUGUAAAUAAAAAUACACUUUAAAAUAUGAAA